UGAAACCGCUUCCUCUGCUCGUAUAUAUCUCAUCGAUCUGUCGAAUUCCUAAUCAAAAUCGCUUUUUGAUUCCGUCGUCCUCCUCGAUUUCAACUCUAUUUGGGUAAUCGAGUCUCAAAAUUUGAUUUUUAGUCGAUCGGAGAUCAGGAAUCGAGGUCGAUCGGUGUUCUGUACGCCAGCAGCCAUGGAGAAGCCGAAGAGGUCGGCGAACAAAGCGUCCAUCAUCAGCUUCUUCCCGAAACGGAGGAGCUUCGCCGGCGACGGCAACGCGCACGCGCACCUCCUCCAUAACCGGCGUGGGUUCUCCGGCCCCAUCGUCUCGAUCGUGCCGGUGGAGGCGCGGCGGAAGGGGAACGACGGCGCCGGCGGUGGAUUCGAGGAGCCCACGUCACCGAAGGUCACGUGCAUGGGGCAGGUGAAGCAUCGGAAGAUGAGGUGCAACAGCAACCGCAAGGCCAAGUCGUCGCCGCCGCGGCCGGAUCCGGCGGCGGUGAAGAGGAACAGGAGGCGCGGCGCCUCCCUGCUCCUCGGCCGGAUGUUUCGCCCGCGCAGGCGGCCGGCAGCGUCGGUGUCGGCGUCGGCGGACGAGAAGGAAAUCCUCAGAUCAAAUAAAUUUCCUGCGCCGGCUCCGGCGCUGGGGAAGAUGAGGCGGUUCGCGAGCGGCCGCGAGACUCUGCACGAUUUCGACUGGACGAAGGUGGUGCUGGAAGACGAAGGGGCGGCGUCGACGAGCUACGGCGAGGAGGAGGACUACGACGACGACGAGGUGUUGGUGGCCCACUCGGCGCCGCUCAUCGUCGGCAGCGGCGGCGUGGUGGCGUUGGAGCCGAAGAAGGAGGUGAACCUCUGGAAGAGGAGGACGAUGCCGGCGCCGAAUCCUCUUCAGCUUCUGUAAUUAAUUAAUUAAGUUACGAUAGUUUUCUAUUUUUAAGUUUCGCCCUUUUUCUGCUUGUUAUUUUUCACAAUUCCCCCCUUUUUCUUGAUAAUUAUUGUAAAGUUUAGAAAAUGUAUUUGUAUGGGAUGAAUAUUCGAUAUCAUAUUGUUUUUUUUUUUUU